GAAGUGUGAGAAAGAGACCAAAGCAGAUCUGACCCACCCACACAUCUCCCUCUUCAAUUUACAACUCAUUAAGCGCGCGCCCGCGUUCUCUGUCUCUCUCGUUGGAAUAUUUCUCACCGCCCUCUCCGUGCAUAGCAGGUCAUAAUUAGAAUUAAAAUUUUGCCAGCUCUCUCUCUCAGUCUAUCUCACUCUCACCAGAUUCAUUUACACAUUAACCCAUGCAAUGAAUCAUCCUAUCUCCUCCAUUGCAGAUUGCCUCUCUUUAAGAGAGCCAAAAGACAACAGACCACAGCAUCUUCUGUUUUUUGGCAGAGGAUAGGUACCCAGAAAAACAUCUCUUCUUGGGUUUGCAGAGUUCUCUCUGCACCUCACGUUGAUGGUCGUUUUGAGCAUAGAUAGUGUUCAGAGGGAUAACUGUGGGCAUUGGGUCCAUUCAUUUCAUUUCCUUUUCUUUUCUUUUUUUUUUUCUUUUUUUUUUCUUUCUCCACCAGUUCUGGGUUCUUCUUGUGUGGUGGUUGCUACACAAGACAUUGUCUGGCACGUUCUCUGAAACCCAAGAAGGCUUCCCUUUUAUCGUACUCGUGGAAUGAUAUCUGAGAAUACAGAAGCGUUUUGGGGUAUCGGGUCCCUUUCCUUUCUUACCUUUAAUUUAAUUUAAUAUUCUUUCUUCCUCCAUCCUCUCCGGUUGUUAUUGAUGAAGAUUAUGUCUUGGGUAGUCUUAUGAAAUCCAAGAAAAGGACCAUACACAUGAAUCUAGAACUAGAAGGAAAGCUCUCUGGCUUUUUGGUUUUGAUUGCAGAUGGGAUAUUUGCUCGGGUGGAGAUGUGAAGAAAUCUAAUUUAGUAUUCCUGAAAUGUAUUCAAGAAAAAAAUUGUUUGGUGCAUGAAGAGGAACUAAUUUGAUAUUAACCAGUUUUCUGAGACUCGGAGCGUGUUUUGGGAGAGUCAGCAUUUGGCAUUUCAUUUGAUUAGUAGGGGGUAUUUCAAAUUUCUGAGGAUUUUCACUGUCUGGAAAAAAAAAAAGACUAGUGUUCCAGUCUUCUGCAAAAUUUUGCGGGGGGGAGGGAAAGAAGAGGGAAUCUCUUUGAUUUGUCUGGAAAAAAAAAGACUAGCAGGUUAGUGCUUGUUUUUUACCCUCGGCGACCCAUUACUGGAGUUUGGGUUUCAGGGGUAUAAAAAGCCUCUUAGGUGUCCAAACCGUGAAACCUCCAUUGAGGGAAUCUCUUUGGUUUUCCAUUGAUUCUGCACAGAAAAAUCCAAGCUUCUCUUAUUCCAAGAAAUUUUCGAGCCAAAAACCAAUUUCAAAUUUGCGGUAGGCACUUGGGUUGUGUUUGUUUGGAAGUGGAGAGUCUGGAGACUUGAAGUCACUGGCUUGAAAGGACAGUGUAUGAUAGAGAUACAGAAGGUUUAAACGUUAAUUUAGUAGUUGAAGAGAGCAAAUUUGUAGAGAUGUCUGCCAAGAUUUUACAUGCCUUAACAGAUGACAACCCAGAUCUGCAGAAGCAAAUAGGAUGCAUGACUGGGAUCUUUCAGCUCUUUGACCGCCACCAUAUCCUCACCGGCAGGCGCAUCACUAGCCACAGCCACAAGAGGCUUCCUCCAGGUAAUUCCCACAUCAACAGUGGAAGCCUUGGGGUUGAGCCUAAUAAUGAACGUUAUCUACAUACACACACAGAAAAGAAUUCCAACAAGAAUGUGAAUGAGAACCAAAGAGUGUCAGUGGAAUCAUCCAGGACUUCAUUUUCAUCAUCAUCUUGCUCAUCUUCUUUCUCAUCUCUUGAUUGUAACAGAACUCAAGCAGAACUCCCUCCCUUUGACCGAGCUAUUUUUCCACAAACACCUCAGAGAGACCUAACUAUGGUCGAACCAAAUGCUUCUCCACAACUGCGGAGGCAAUCUCUUGAUUUCCGUGAUGUGGUCAAGGACUCAAUCUAUAGAGAACAUCGUAGUUUAUCAGUUAAAACUACAACCAAAGAGGGGACGGGGAGCCACACUGCAAAGUACAUAGAUUCACCAAGGCCUCUGCAGUUGUCCAAAUCGGUGAAUGAAUCUUAUGGGCUGGGGACCAAUGCAAAGUCAAAGGUACCUGUUGACCUCAAUGAAUCACUCAGAGUUCUUGCUAAACUUCAAGAAGCUCCUUGGUAUUUCAAUGAAGCUAAAGAACCCCCAAGAUCAUCAUUUGAAGCAAAAGAAGGUUCUUUGUUUUCAGUACCCAAAGAUGCUCCUCGGUUCUCUUACGAUGGGCGGGAGAUACCAAAUCCAUCUUUUGAAUCACGUGAUGUCUUCAAAUCCACUACAAAGCUUAGGGACCUCCCAAGGCUGUCAUUGGAUAGCAGGGAAGGUUCCAUGAGGAGCUCCAACUCUGCCACAAAGUCAAAUUCAAUUCUGAAGGAUUUGCAGAAGGGUGGUGACAACUCUAAUGAUAAAAUCACAAACUCGCAUAAAGAAUUAGGAACUUACAAACGGCCACCUAGUGUUGUGGCAAAAUUGAUGGGGUUGGAAGCAUUGCCUAAUUCUAUCCCAGGUUCUGAGCAACAGAUGACCUCGAUCAAAACAUACUCAGGUGAGGAUCUUGAUUCCUUCUCGAGAUCAUCAAAAACAGCUGACGAAAGUAAGCCAAAUCGACUUUCUGGUUCCCCCAGGAGCUCCAUAAAGGACCCCACCUCACCACGGUUGAAAAACCAUGAUUCAGUUAAAAAAUCAGUUUCAAAUUCAAGGCUUCCAAUUGAACCAGCUCCAUGGAGACAGCCAGAUGGGGGUCGUAGGCUUCAAAAUUCAGCAUUCAAGAACUGGGAUGCCCAUGCCAGGCCACCAAACUCCUCCCCUUCUGUGUAUGGUGAGAUUGAGAAAAGGUUGAAAGAGCUCGAAUUUAAACAAUCAAAUAAGGAUCUCAGAGCACUUAAACAGAUACUAGAAGCAAUGCAGGCAAAAGUAUUCCAAGAGAACAAAAAAGAAGAUCAAAUUUACAACUUCAUCUCUCAGGUAAACUAUAACAGCCCAAACUUCACCAGUUUUGAUGAGAACAUGAGAUUGGCAAACAGGAGAGACCAACAGAAUAGCCGUUCUAUUUCUACCACAGUCAAGGGAAUUGGUCCUCCAAAGACUUUUGAAUCCCCAAUUGUCAUCAUGAAACCAGCAAAACUCAUAAAUAAAUCUGGGAUUCCUGCUUCAUCAGUAAUUCCAAUUGAUGGUUCACCAGGUCUGCGUAGGAAUGGUGAUUGUUUUGAUAGAAGGGGCACCAUUAACAGCCGGAUGUCUAAGGACCUGACUCCUAAACAGAACCUCAGAGAAAAUGGCAGUCGGACUCUCAGUUCAAUGGAUAAGAAAACUAAUGGUAGAAAUCCAAAAUCAACAGAGAUAUCAACCAAGCCGUUGCAGCUUCUCAAAGAAAAUACUGAAACCUCUGGAAAGAACUCGGGAACUGUUAGCCCAAGGUUACAACAGAAGAGGCUUGAGGUGGAGAAACGAUCUGCCCGUCCCCCAAUCCCUUCUUCAGAUGCAACCAGAUCCAGAAAACAAUCAGUCAAGCAACCAACAGAAUCAUACUCACCUGGUGGAAAGCUCAGACCAAGGACUCCCAACUUGCAGCAUGGUGAUGAUCAACUGAGUGACAUCAGUAGUGAAACAAGAUAUUUGAGUCAUCAAGGGGACGAAAUUUCUCAGCAAUCAGAUAGCAAUGUUAGCUUGUCUUCGCAGAUGGAUAUAGAAGUCACCAGUGCUGACCCAUCUGCUGAGAUCAAUUGUGCUUCCUUUUCACAAGGUAGCCAGAGUCCUUCCAGGAGGAUUGCCAAAAGCUCACUUUCUAGUUUAAAACAGAAGAAAUCAUCAACAAGGGUAAGGGAAGAUGGGCCAUUGGCAGAGCUUGCGACAGUGGCCCCAGAACAACCAAGUCCUGUCUCGGUUCUUGAUGCCUCGUUCUACAGAGAUGAUUUGCCAUCUCCUUUGAAGAAGAUAUCAAAUGCCUUUACAGAUGAUGAGACUCGAAAUUCUGAAGGCAGUCCUGAAGAGGACAAGCUGAGGCCACUUCCACUCCCAUCUGAAAAUGCACUGUGCAAUCACAGUUCUGAGGUGAAAUGGAAGAAAUUGGAAAGCAUUGAGCACCUUGUUCAGAAGCUUAGACAACUAAGCUCAAAUCACAAUGAUGCCCCAACAGAUUACAUUGCAUCGCUUUGUGAUAAUGCAAAUCCAGACCACAGAUACAUCUCUGAGAUAUUGUUAGCAUCCGGUCUCCUACUUAAAGAUCUUAGCUCUGGCUUGACAACUUUUCAGUUCCACCCGUCAGGCCACCCAAUCAAUCCUGACUUGUUCUUUGUCCUGGAACAAACCAAGGGAAGCAGUGGACAUGCAACAGAUGAACACAACUUCGAAAAGUCUGGAAGAUCCAAAGCUGAUAGAGGGAAGCUCCACCGGAAGCUCGUAUUUGAUGCUGUGAAUGAGAUACUUGUGAAGAAGUUGCCCUUGCUAGGUGGUCCAUCUGAACCUUGGUGCCGAGAUAAUAAGCUGGCUAGGAGGAACCUGAAUGCACAACAACUUCUGAGGGAGCUUUGUUCCGAGGUGGAACAGUUCCAAACUAACAACUCAGUCAGCAGGUUUGAUGACGACGAGGAUGGUCUGAAAAAUAUUUUGUGGGAGGAUGUGAUGCGUCGAUCAGACAACUGGACAGAUAUUCAUAGUGAUGUUUCAGGGGUGGUCUUGGAUGUCGAGAGGUUGAUAUUUAAGGACUUAAUUGAUGAAAUAGUGAGUGGCAGAGCUGCCAGUCUGCGAGCCAAGACAACCAGGAGAUGCAGGCAACUGUUUGUGAACUAAAUCCUUUUUUUUUACUAUCUUUUGUUCUUUUCCUUUUCGUUUAUGAUAUUAUUCUUUUUUUUUUGG